AUGUUAUUGGAAUAUGACGUACGUAGUACUUUUUGGAUACUGUUCUUGCUCAUCACCAAAGUGUUUUGCCGGCCGUUGAUGCAAAGGAUUGUAGUCGAUGGACACGAAUGGGAGGUUCCAAGCGAACCAGAAUGGGAGGAAAUCGUUAAGGAAGCAACUGCGGCACAGCAACGUGUUUUUAAAUCAUGUAGGACAACUAGUGAAUGUCGUCAGAUAGUUGCUGAAUUCUCAGCUAUUUUCGAUCGUUAUCCCAAAUACAAGCAUUUCUAUGAAACUCACAAAGCGGAAGUCAAUUUAUUGGUGUCAUCAUAUGAACUAAAUGUUGACACCUUCUUCGUAUACUGUUCACCUCCACCAAACACUGCUAAUACCACAUGCGUCUCAUACUUUUGA